AUGGGGUCUUCUGCUCCCAGUAGUAGGAAGUGGUAUAGUCUCCGUUGGUACUCCGACGAGCUCGACACCGCCGCCGACAGAAAGCUCAUCAACAAACUCGAUCUCCUCAUCGUACCCUAUGCCGUCUUGUCAUACUGGGUGAAGUACCUCGACCAAUCUAACCUCAACAAUGCCUAUGUCGCCGGGCUCAAAGAUGAGCUGGGCUUCAAGGGUAACGAGUUGGUCCAGCUGCAGACGUUCUACAUUGUCGGCGCGGUGACGGGGCAGAUCCCCUUCCUUUUCCUCUUCACACACGUACCUAUGUAUUGGACGAUUCCGUUUCUAGACAUUGCUUGGGGAGUGUUUACGCUCCUCCAGUACCGAGUAACUUCCUUUGCUGAAUUGGCAGCCUAUCGGUUCUUGGUCGGCUGGUUCGAAGCGGCAUUCUUCCCCGCCAUGCACUACAUUUUCGGAUCGUGGUACAGAGGAGACGAAAUCGGUCGGCGUGGAGGCAUCUUUUACAUUGGUCUCUCCCUUGGUACCCUCACGGCUGGUCUUAUUCAAGCUGCCGCGUCGGCCAGCCUGGAAGGGGUCAAGGGUCUCUCCGGAUGGCGGUGGAUGUACAUCAUCUGCGCCCUCAUCACCAUCCCUGUCGGUAUCUUGGGCUAUUUCGUCAUUCCCGGCACACCUGACCAGCCGAAUCGACGGGUUCUCAAACAGGCCGACAUUGACGGCUCAAUUGAUCGUCUGAAAAGGGCUGGCCAUGUUUCCCAUGGCAGGUUCAAGGUUGGCAACCUGCGCAAGAUCCUCACUAGCCCACACUUUUGGGUCAUCAUUACAGUCGACGUGUUGUUCUGGAACGCGGGAGACCACACGAGCGCCGGAACCUUUUUGCUCUGGAUCAAGAGUCUCGGUCGUUAUAGCACAUCCCGUGUGAACGAGCUGGGCACUAUUGCUCCUGCAUUGGGAAUAUUCUACACUAUCUUCAUUUGCUUUGCGUCAGACCUACUUCUCGGUCCUGCGUGGGCCAUUACGCUAUCAUCGGCGUGGAACGCCUUGGGUCUGCUGCUUUUAACCGUUUGGAAUAUUCCCGAGCCAGGACUCUGGUUCGCCUUCUCGACAAUUUAUGCCUCUGUCGCACUCUCAAGUGUGUUCCACGGCUGGGUCAACACCCUGCUAAGAGCUUCUCCAGAGGAGCGGGCGUUCACACUGGUUCUCAUCAACGCCGUAUCGCAAUCUUCGACAGCCUGGAUACCGCUGUUGGUCUUUCCAACUGUGGAGGCACCACGGUACCCCAAGGGUUUCGCUUUCUGUCUGGGGUGUGCGAUCGCGCUCAUUGUGGCGACACAUGGGCUGAGGCUGUAUUUCAAACGCAAAGAAACGUAA